AUGCAGAGUCUGUCGGUCUGAAGGAACUCCUGAGAAACCCCUCUAUCAUCCCUGUGUGUGUACUGGCAGUAUUAAAUUUAUUCAUCAGGAAUGCUUAGUUCAGUGGCUUAAACACAGCAGAAAAGAAUACUGUGAAUUAUGUAAGCACAGAUUUGCUUUCACACCAAUUUAUUCUCCAGAUAUGCCUUCACGGCUUCCAAUCCAAGACAUCUUUGCUGGACUGGUUACGAGUAUUGGCACAGCAAUACGAUACUGGUUUCAUUAUACACUUGUGGCCUUUGCAUGGUUGGGAGUAGUACCUCUUACUGCAUGUCGUAUCUACAAGUGCUUGUUUACUGGCUCUGUGAGCUCACUACUGACACUGCCAUUAGAUAUUCUGUCAACGGAAAACUUACUGGCUGACUGUUUGCAGGGCUGUUUUGUGGUAACAUGCACUCUGUGUGCAUUUAUCAGCCUUGUUUGGUUACGUGAACAGAUUGUCCACGGAGGAGCACCACAGUGGUUGGAACAAAAUCAGCAACAGCCACUCAAUGGUGUGGGUCAACAAAAUGAGGCUCAGGCCGUUGUAAAUGGAGGUGUUGAAAAUGCUGUACUUGAUCAACCUGCUAACCCAGCUGCUGAGAACGUAGUUGUAGGCGAGAACCCUGAAAUUCAAGAAGAACAAGUAGAUGAAGAGGAGGAGGAUAAUGAAGAUGAGGAAGAUGCUGUAGUAGAAGAUGCAGCAGAUGCAAACAAUGGAGCACAAGAUGACAUGAACUGGAAUGCGUUGGAAUGGGACCGAGCAGCGGAAGAGCUUACUUGGGAGCGAAUGCUUGGACUUGAUGGAUCUCUGGUUUUUUUAGAACAUGUCUUUUGGGUGGUAUCUUUAAAUACGUUGUUCAUACUUGUGUUUGCAUUUUGUCCAUACCACAUUGGUCACUUCUCCAUUGUUGGCCUGGGCUUUGAGAAAUAUGUUCAAGCAUCUCACUUUGAAGGCCUGAUUACAACUAUAGUUGGAUAUGUUCUGCUGGCAGUGACGCUAAUUGUUUGUCAUGGUUUGGCAGCACUUGUUAAGUUUCAGCGAUCACGCCGUUUAUUGGGAGUUUGCUAUAUUGUUGUCAAGGUUUCCUUGUUAGUGGUGGUUGAAAUUGGUGUGUUUCCACUCAUCUGUGGCUGGUGGCUGGAUAUAUGCUCUUUGGAGAUGUUUGAUGCCACCUUGAAAGAUAGAGAAUUGAGCUUUCAGUCUGCCCCAGGCACCACAAUGUUUCUUCACUGGUUGGUUGGAAUGGUUUACGUCUUUUAUUUUGCAUCCUUCAUUCUUCUUCUGAGAGAGGUAUUGAGACCUGGUGUCUUAUGGUUUCUCAGGAAUUUGAAUGAUCCAGACUUUAAUCCUGUGCAGGAAAUGAUUCACUUGCCCAUUUAUAGACAUCUCAGGAGGUUUAUCUUAUCAGUGAUUGUCUUUGGAUCAAUUGUACUGCUCAUGCUCUGGCUUCCUAUACGCAUUAUUAAGUAUCUCCUGCCUAACUUUCUUCCAUAUAAUGUUAUGCUCUACAGUGAUGCUCCAGUAAGUGAACUUUCCCUAGAGCUCCUUUUGCUUCAGGUGGUGCUUCCAGCUUUGCUAGAACAAGGACAUACAAGACAGUGGUUGAAAGGUCUUGUACGAGCAUGGACUGUUACUGCUGGAUACUUACUGUAA